UUUGAGUGGUCCUGGCCUGUAACAGAUGAAUUUGCAGGAUAUAUUCGUGCUCGUUCUCUUCCUCAUAUAGGUGUAUGGACUGAAUUCCGGCCUGAACAGAUCGCUACUUUUUAUAACAGACCAACUCCUAUAUUUUCUGAGCCACCUAAACCCAAAACUGCAUG